AUGUCUUCAACACUGGUAGCCACAGCUACCACCACCACCAGAACUACUAAUAUUUGUUCAAUGUGUAAUUGUAAUAACAACAACAACAACAAUAGUAACAACACAUCAUCUUCAGAUUUUCAUUUACCUACAUUAUAUGAAUUAUUAGAACAUACUAUUAAUUUAGAUUCUCAUAAAUCAAAUCAAUUAUUAUUAUUAUUUCAUGAAUAUUUAAUGUCAAGACAUUGUUCAGAAAAUUUACAAUUUAUUAUUGAUAUUAAUAAAUAUUUAUUAACCGAAAAAAAAAUUACCCAUAGUAGUAGUAAUAUUAUCAAUUUAUGGAAUUUUAUUUAUGAAAAAUAUUUAAUAUUUGAUGCUGAUUUAGAAAUUAAUUUACCUUGUCAAUUAAAAUCUCAAUUAAAUUUAAAUCAAUUACCUAAUUUAAUAAUUUUAAAAAAUUGUCAAAAAUAUAUUUAUGAUAAUUUAUUAAUUAGUUUAUAUCAAGAAUUUAUUAAACUGAUAAAACAACAAUUUGAUAAAGAAAUGAAACAAAAGCAGCAGCAACAACAACAGCAAGAGAAACAACAACAAGAGAAACAACAACAAGAGAAGAAGAAUGUUUCUUAUCAAGUAUCACCAAUUAGUCCCAACCAAAACCAAAACCAAAACCAAAACACUACUAAUAACAAUAACAAUAAUGGUGGUGGUACUGGUAGUAGUAGUAGUAGAAAUAAUAGUACUGGUAGUUUCACUCAUUUCAAACAUUCAUUAUCAUUAAAUUUACCUCGACGUAAUAGUAAUAAAAUUAACAACAACAACAACAAGAAAAACAAUAACAAUAACAAAAACAAAAACAAUGCUAAACGUAUAAAUGAUGAUUAUAAUGAUGAUAUAUGUCCAAUAUCAAAAGUUAAACCUUUUACAGAAGAAGAAGAAAAUGAACAUUAUCAUGAUCAUGAACAUUAUCAUCAUAAGAAACAACAACAUUUUAUUGGAUAUGAUUAUUAUACUAUUCCUACUAUAGAAAGCACAUCAACAUCUUCCUCAUCAUCUUCAUCAUCUUCAUCAUCUUCAUCAUCUUCUUGUACUUAUACUUGUACUUGUACAUCACCUACUUAUUUUGAUAAUAAUAAUACUACUAUUCACCACCACCAACACCACCAAUACCAUCAUCAUCAUAUUAUUAAUGAAGAAAAAGAUUGUUUUAUUAUUGAUGAUGAUGAUAAUUAUUUGAAUACUUGGUCAAUGAAUAGAAAUAAUUCUAAUAGUAAUUCUAAUAGUAAUGGUAAUUCUAACGGUAAUAGUAAUGGUAGUACAAGUGGUAAUACAACAAGAACAAAUUCUACUUCAACAAGACAUAAUAGUACUAGUAGUAGUACCAAUACUAGUAGAGGAUCAUCAAUUGGAUCAAUAAUUAUGGAUAAUUCAAUUAAUUAUUUUAAUAAUAAAAUGAAAAAAUUCAAAUUUGGUAGUAUUAGUGGAACAACAAAUACAAAUACAAAUACAAAUACAAAUACUAGCAACUAA